AUGGAGCCCGUAUCCCACUCUCCAUACCGCUAUGCAUUCAAUUCCGCUCUCAUCGGUAUCGAAGCACCAAUCCUCGCAGAUCACACAUUGCUCUGCGUAGAGAACUGGAGCAACGCAGGAAGCACCAGCCGGCGGGUAGAUGACGUGGUCGAGACCACCCAAGAAGAAGAGGAUAUCGGCAACAACCUCCCAUGCAACGAUCUAUGUCUCUGGGUUGGAGUUCGACCAGCUAGGGCCGAUGUGCUGCGCCAACAAGCUUCCAAGCCUGUUGGUGACGACACCGAGACGCAGACGGCUCUCGACAACCUCAAAGCCAUCAAGAUCAAGAGAGGCUCAUCAGUUGGCUCAGUUCUCAAGCUUGACAACAUUCCAGUCUGGCCGCUGAAGGAUGGCAUGACACGAGUAGUGGUCCGGUAUAACCUCAAGCGCGCCGACCGUCUGCAGUAUUACGAACUGAUCAACCGCCAUCCAGUGACCAAGCUAUCUUACCCAGUUCCCAUCAAAGCCCAGGAAGUUUUCUUCUUUCGCCUUUAUCGAGACGAUGACAUAUCUGCAUCGACCGGUCGUCAGAAGGGCUGGACUCAGAACAUCAAGACAUAUCUCACCGAUUAUUUCGACGAGCGUCUCAAUGAAGGGGGCAUGCGGCCAAACAGAAAAAGGCAGGAGCUCACUGGAAAGGAGUCUCCGCCCAGGAAGAAGAUGCGCUUUGGCGCUUUUGACUCCUAUUAG